AUGUUUCUGCUUAAUCACUUCAACCGACGUGAUUCUUUCUACUUCUACUGUCAUAACGAUUUUUUUCUUUUCUUUAUCGUCUUUUCUUUUCUCUCUGACGUCCAUUCUUUCUUUCCUUUUAUUUCAUUCAUUUUACCCCUGGCGCAAAUUCUUUUUUUUUUUCUUUUUCUUUCUUUCUUUCUUUCUUUCUUUCUUUCUUUCUUUCUUUCUAGCCUGCUCUUUCUUUCUUUUUACUCUAGUCGUGAGUUCUUUCUUUCUUACUUUCUUUCUUUCUUUCUUUCUUUCUUUCUUUCUUUCUUUCUUUCUUUCUUUCUUUCUAGCCUGCUCUUUCUUUCUUUUUUCCCUAGUCGCGAGUUCAUUCUUUCUUUCUUUCUUUCUUUCUUUCUUUCUUUCUUUCUUUCUUUCUUUCUAGCCUGCUCUUUCUUUCUUUUUACUCUAUCGCGAGUUCUUUCUUUCUUUCUUUCUUUCUUUCUAGCCUGCUCUUUCUUUCUUUUUACCCUAGUCGCGAGUUCUUUCUUUCUUUCUUUCUUUCUUUCUUUCUUUCUUUCUUUCUUUCUUCUUUCUUUCUUUCUUUCUUUCUUUCUUUCUUUCUUUCUUUCUUUCUUUCUUUCUAGCCUGCUCUUUCUUUCUUUUUACCCUAGUCGCGAGUUCUUUCUUUCUGUCUUUCUUUCUUUCUUUCUUUUUUUCUUUCUUUCUAGCCUGCUCUUUCUUUCUUUUUACUCUAGUCGCGAGUUCUUUCUUUCUUUCUUUCUUUCUUUCUUUCUUUCUUUCUUUCUUUCUUUCUUUCUAGCCUGCUCUUUCUUUCUUUUUACUCUAGUCGCGAGUUCUUUCUUUCUUUCUUUCUUUUUCUUCUUUCUUUCUUUUUCUAGCCUGCUCUUUCUUUCUUUUUACCCUAGUCUGAGUUCUUUCUUUCUUUCUUUUCUUUCUUUCUUUUUUUUCUUUCUUUCUUUCUUUCUUUCUUUCUUUCUUCUUUCUUUUCUUUCUUUCUUUUUUUCUUUCUUUCUAGCCUGCUCUUUCUUUCUUUUUACCCUAGUCGCGAGUUCUUUUCUUUCUUUCUUUUCUUUCUUUCUUUCAUUCUUUCUUUCUUUCUUUCUUUCUAGCCUGCUCUUUCUUUCUUUUACUCUAGUCGAUUUUCUUUCUUUCUUUCUUUCUUUCUUUCUUUCCUUCUUUCUUUCUUUCUUUUUAGCCUGCUCUUUCUUUUUUUUUACCCUAUUCUUUCUUUCUUUCUUUCUUUCUUUCUUUUCUUUCUUUCUUUCUUUCUUUCUUUCUUUCUUUCUUUCUAGCCUGCUCUUUCUUUCUUUUUACCUCUUGAGUUCUUUCUUUCUUUCUUUCUUUCUUUUUUCUUUUCUUUCUUUCUCGCGAGUUCUUUCUUUCUUUCUUUCUUUCUUUCUUUCUAGCUUUUCUUUCUUUCUUUUUACCCUAGUCGCGAUCGCAGAGUUCUUUCUUUCUUUCUUUCUUUCUUUUUUUCUUUCUUUUUCUUUCUUUCUAGCCUGCUCUUUCUUUCUUUUUUACUCUAGUUGCGAGUUCUUUCUUUCCUUCUUUCUUUCUUUCUUUCUUUCUUUCUUUCUUUCUUUUCUAGCCUGCUCUUUCUUUCUUUUUAUCCUAGUCGCGAGUUCUUUCUUUUCUGUCUUUCUUUCUUUCUUUCUUUUUUCUUUUUUUCUAGCCUGCUCUUUCUUUCUUUUUGCUUCGAGUUCUUUCUUCUUUCUUUCUUUUCUUUCUUUCUUUCUUUCUUUCUUUCUUUCUUUUCUAGCCUGCUCUUUCUUUCUUUUUUUUUACCCUAGUCGCGAGUUCUUUCUUUCUUUCUUUCUUUCUUUCUUUCUUUCUUUCUCGCGAGUUCUUUCUUUCUUUCUUUCUUUCUUUCUUUCUAGCCUGCUCUUUUCUUUCUUUUUUACCCUUGUCGCGAGUUCUUUCUUUCUUUCUUUCUUUCUUUCUUUCUUUCUUUCUUUCUUCUUUCUUUCUGUCUUUCUUUCUUUCUUUCUUUUUUUCUUUCUUUCUAGCCUGCUCUUUCUUUCAAUGAGUUCUUUUUUCUGUCUGUCUUUUUCUUUCUUCGCGAGUUCUUUCCUUCUUUCUUUCUUUCUUUCUUUCUUUCUUUCUUUCUUUCUUUCUUUCUUUCUUUCUAGCCUGCUCUUUCUUUCUUUUUACCCUAGUCGCGAGUUCUUUCUUUCUUUCUUUCUUUCUUUCUUUCUUUCUUUCUCGCGAGUUCUUUCUUUCUGUCUUUCUUUCUUUCUUUCUUUUUUUCUUUUCUUUCUAGCCUGCUCUUUUUUUUCUUUUUGCUGUAGUCUUGAGUUCUUUUUUUUUUUCUUUCUUUCUUUCUUUCUUUCUUUCUUUUUUUCUUUCUUUCUUUCUAGCCUGCUCUUUUUUUCCUUUUACUCUAGUCGCGUGAGUCCUUUUCUUUCUUUCUUUCUUUCUUUCUUUCUUUCUUUCUUUCUUUCUUUCUUUCUAGCCUUCUUUCUUUCUUUUUUUACCCCUAGUCGCGAGUUCUUUCUUUCUUUCUUUUUUCUUUCUUUCUUUCUUUUUUUUUUUCUUUCUUUUCUUUCUUUCUCGCGAGUUCUUUUCUUUCUUUCUUUCUUUCUUUCUUUCUUUCUUUCUUUUUCUAGCCUGCUCUUUCUUUUUUUUUUUACCAUUUUUCUUGACCUGCUCUUUCUUUCUUUUUUUUUACUUUUCCUUCUUUCUUUUCUUUCUUUCUUUCUUUCUUUCUUUCUUUUCUUUCUUUCUUUCUUUCUUUCUAGCCUGCUCUUUCUUUCUUUUUACCCUAGUCUUGAGUUCUUUCCUUUUCUUUCUUUUCUUUCUUUCUUUCUUUCUUUCUUUCUUUCUAGCCUGCUCUUUUCUUUCUUUUUACCCCUAGUCGCACCUUUCUUUUUUUUUUUUACCCUUGUCCCGAGUUCUUUUUUUUUUGUCUUUCUUUCUUUCUUUCUUUUUUUUUCUUUCUUUCUUUCUUUCUUUCUUUUUUCUAGUCACUUGAGUUCUUUCUUUCUUUUCUUUUUUUCUUUCUUUCUUUCUUUCUUUUCUUUCUUUCUUUUUUCUAGCUUUGCUCUUUCUUUUUUUUACCCUAGUCGCGAGUUCUUUCUUUCUGUCUUUUUUUUCAGUUCUUUUUUCUUUCUUUCUUCUUUCUUUUUUCUUUUCUUUUCUAGCCUGCUCUUUCUUUCUUUUUACCCUAGUCGCGAGUUAUUUUCUUUCUUUCUUUCUUUCUUUUGUUUCUUUCUUUCUUUCUUUCUUUUUCUAGUUGCUCUUUCUUUCUUUUUUACCAUUUUCGCGAGUUCUUUCUUUCUGUCUUUCUUUCUUUUUCUUUUUUUUCUUUCUUUUAGCCUUUCUUUCUUUCUUUUUUUUACCCUAGUCAUGAUUUUCUUUUCUUUCUUCGCGAGUUCUUUCCUUCUUUCUUUUCUUUCUUUCUUUUCUUUCUUUCUUUUCUUUCUUUUCUUUCUUUUCUUUCUAGCCUGCUCUUUCUUUUUUUACCCUAGUCGCGAUUUUUCUUUCUUUCUUUUAUUUCUUUCUUUUUUUCUUUCUUUUCUUUCUUUCUUUCUUUCUUUCUUUCUCGCGAGUUCUUUCUUUCUUUCUUUUUUCUUUCUUUCUUUCUUUCUAGCCUGCUCUUUUUUCUUUUUAUUUUUCUUUCUUUCUUUCUUUUUUUUUUUCUUUUAUUUUCUUUUUUCUUUUCUUUCUUUCUUUCUUUCUUUCUUUCUUUUUUUUUUUUUUCUUAUCUUAUUUUCUUUCUUUUCUUUUUUCUUUUGUCUUUUUUCUUUUCUUUCUUUCUUUUUCUUUUUUUCUUUUUACCUAGUCGCGAUCGCGAGUUCUUUCUUUCUUUCUUUUUUUCUUUCUUUAGUUUUCUUUCUUUCUUUCUUUUUUUCUAGCCUGCUCUUUCUUUCUUUUUACUCUUUUUUGAGUCCUUUCUUCUUUCUUUUUUUUUUCUUUUCUUUCUUUCUUUUUUUUACCCUAGUCUUAUUUUUCUUUCUUUCUUUCUUUCUUUCUUUCUUUCUUUUCUUUUCUUUUUUUCGCUCUUUCUUUCUUUUUUUUACCCUAUCGCGAGUUCUUUCUUUCUUUCUUUAUUCUUUCUUUUUUCUUUCUUCUUUUCUUUCUAGCCUGCUCUUUCUUUUUUUUACCCUAGUCCCGAGUUCUUUUCUUUCUGUCUUUCUUUCUUUCUUUCUUUUUUUUUUUCUAGCCUGCUCUUUCUUUUUUUUUUACUCUAGUCGAGUUCUUUCUUUCUUUUUUCUUUCUUUUCUUUCUUUCUUUUCUUUUCUUUCUUUCUUUUUUCUUUCUUUUUUUCUUUCUUUCUUUUUUCUUUCUUUCUUCUUUUCUUUCUUUCUAGCCUUCUUUCUUUCUUUUUACCCUAGUCAUGAGUUCUUUCUUUUUUUUUUUUUCUUUCUUUUCUUUCUUUCUUUUUCUUUCUUUCUUUCUUUUCUUUCUUUCGUUCGUUCUAGCCUGCUCUUUCUUUCUUUUUUAUCCCACCUGCUCUUUCUUUCUUUUUACCCUAGUCGAGUUCUUUCUUUUCUUUCUUUCUUUCUUUCUUUCUUUCUUUUUUUCUUUCUAGCCUGCUCUUUCUUUCUUUUUACCCUAGUCGCGAGUUCUUUCCUUCCUUCUUUCUUUCUUUCUUUCUUUCUUUCUUUCUUUCUUUCUAGGCCUGCUCUUUUCUUUCUUUUUACCCUAGUCGCGAGUUCUUUCUUUCUUUCUUUAUUUUCUUUCUUUCUUUCUUUCUUUCUUUCUUUCUUUCUUUCUUUCUUUCUUUCUUUCUUCUUUUUCUUUCUUUCUUUUCUUUCUUUCUUUCUUUCUUUCUUUCUUUCUAGCCUGCUCUUUAUUUUUUUUACCCUAGUCGCGAGUUCUUUUCUUUCUUUCUUUCUUUCUUUUCUUUCUUUCUUUCUUUCUAGCCUGCUCUUUCUUUUUUUUUACCCUAGUCAAGAGUUCUUUCUUUUCUUUCUUUCUUUCUUUCUUUCUUUCUUUCUUUGUCGUCUUUUCUUUUUUUUUUCAUUAAGCCUGUCGCUGUUUAUCUAUUUUUAUAUAUUUAUCGCAUUUUUUCUUUUAUUUAGCCAUCGAUCGCUAAUUUUUUUUUUCAUUUCUUUCCGUCUUAUUUUUCUUAUAUAUAUUUUUACUAUUAUUUCCUUAAUGAUGCAAUUUCUUUUCUUUCUUGAAAAUUUCUUCCUCAUUUUUGUUUGUUUCUCUGUUUUGUUAUAUGCUUCCUUCUUUCAUUCUGUCACCCUUUACUCAUUCUUUUUUCACUCUAUCACAGACUCUUUCUUUUUCCUUUUUCCUUUUUAUAGUUUUUCUUUCUUUCUUUCAUUCUUUAUUUAUUUAUUUAUUUAUUCAUUUAUUUAUUUAUUUCUAUCCAUCUAUCUGAAUCUGUUCACAUCUACCGUUGUUCAUGGCAAUAAAUUUCGGUGUCUACAUAUGUCUGUUAUAUAUGUAGUUCUAUCUAUCUAUCUAUCUAUCUAUCUAUCUAUCUGUCUAUCUAAUGAUACAUUCGUCCUUCCAUUUGAUGGGAAAUUACGCAUGACACAAACUUCUAUCUAUCUAUCUAUCUAUCUAUCUAUCUAUCUAUCUAUCUAUCUAUCUAUCUAUCUAUCUAUCUAUCUUACAGUGGAUAAAACCGUUGGUUGA